AUGGCGUCUUCAGCUCCCGCCGAUGUCAAGGCCGUCCUUGACAGGUGGUCGAAGCGCCUCGGCACCUUGCCAAGCUUGGCACUGCCCACCGACUACCCUCGCCCAACGCCGGCCAAGAUGGUCGAGUCGAUCCAGACUCUGUCGCUCCCUGCGUCUCUCACCCCGCCCCUCAUGCACCUGACUGUCGAGUUCUCGAGCUUGUUCCCGUCGGCACCCCUCCCGACUCCUUACCACCUGCUCUUGACGUCGUUUGUCAUUCUCCUGUUCCGCUACACCCCGGACCCGUCGAUGGUGCUCUGCACCAGUGUGCCGGGCACCUCGACCCCCAUUCUCCUCAAGCUCGACCUCACCGCUGAGAUGACAUUCUACGACGUCCUCCGCCAGGUCAUGGAGCGCGAGGAGGACGCUGCCGCCGACGUGCUGCCCAUCUCCACCCUCAUCAGCCACCUCAAGCCCGAGGGCCCUCUGUACCGUGUCCGCUUCUUUGACUCGACUCACAUUGAUGCCGACCCGUCGGGAUCGCUCACCACCGACCUCACCUUGUUCCUCCUUGCGUCCGACAAGCAGGGCCAGGCGACCCGCUCCGCCAUGCCCUCGCUGUACCUCAACCUGACUUACAACUCGCUCCUGUUCACCCAGUCGCGUAUCCAGUCUGUUCUUGACUCGCUUCUCCAGCUCCUCCGUUCGGCCUCGUCGGCUGACGCUGCCCACCCCAUCGGCUCGCUCUCGCUCCGCACCGAGAGCCAGGUCGGUGUCCUCCCUGACCCCUCGUCUGACCUCGACUGGUGUGGCUUUGUCGGUGCCAUCCCCGACAUCUUCUCGGCCAACGCCAAGGCCAACCCCGACCGCACCUGCGUUGUUCAGUGCGAGCAGGCCGAGGGCCAAGGUAUCCUCGACGGCCCGUCCAAGGGCAGGAGGGUGUUUACCUACCGCCAGAUUGACGAGGCGUCCAACGUCCUUGCUCACUCUCUGGUCAAGAACGGCCUCCAGCCUGGCGAGGUCGUCAUGGUCUACGCUGCCCGUUCGGUCGACAUGGUCGUCUGCGUGAUGGGUAUCCUCAAGGCCGGCGGUGUCUUCUCUGUUGUUGACCCCGCCUACCCUCCUACCCGCCAGGUCGUGUACCUCCAGGUGUCGACCCCCCGUGCGCUCCUUGUCAUCUCGUCGGCUGGCGUCCUCUCGCCCACCGUCUCGGACUACAUCAAGGAGAAGCUUGACCUGCGUCUCCAUGUCCCUGCCAUUGAGAUGACCGCCACUGGCAUCACUGGUUCGCCCAAGGGUACCGCCGAGGACAUUCUCGCUCCCUUCCAGCAGUUCUCGCAGACGCCUGCCGGUGUCGUUCUUGGCCCCGACUCGCCUGCCACUCUGUCGUUCACCUCGGGCUCGACUGGUAUUCCCAAGGGUGUCAAGGGCCGUCACUACUCGCUCACCCACUUCUUCCCGUGGAUGGCCCAGCGUUUCGGCCUCAGCAACGACUCGCGCUUCACCAUGCUCAGUGGUAUCGCCCACGACCCCAUCCAGCGUGACAUGUUUACCCCGCUCUUCCUCGGCGCGUCGCUCUACGUGCCUACCGCCGACGACAUUGGUACUCCCGGUCGUCUUGCCGAGUGGAUGGACGACAACGAGGUUACGAUCACCCACCUUACCCCUGCCAUGGGUCAGCUCCUCUCGGCCCAGGCUACUCGCCAGAUCCCCUCGCUCCGCAACGCCUUCUUUGUCGGCGACGUGCUCACCAAGCGUGACUGCCACCGUCUCCAGUCGCUUGCCAAGAACGUGUGCAUCAUCAACAUGUACGGUACCACCGAGACCCAGCGUGCCGUCUCGUACUUUGCCAUUCCCUCGGUCAACGAGGACAUGACCUUCCUCUCGACCCAGAAGGACCUUAUCCCGGCUGGUCAGGGUAUGAUUGACGUCCAGCUCCUUGUCGUCAACCGUACCGACCGCAACGUCCCCUGCGCCGUCGGUGAGAUGGGUGAGAUUUACGUCCGCUCUGGUGGUCUUGCCGAGGGCUACCUUGACCCCAACGCCACUGCCGAGAAGUUUGUUACCAACUGGUUCACCGAGGGCGUUGAGCGUGAGGACACUCUUGUCCAGACCAACCCCGCUGCCGCCCAGCACUGGUUUGGUAUCCGUGACCGCAUGUACCGCUCGGGUGACCUGGGCCGUUACCUCCCCGACGGUCGUGUCGAGUGCACUGGCCGUGCCGACGACCAGAUCAAGAUCCGUGGCUUCCGUAUCGAGCUCGGUGAGAUUGACACCCACCUCUCGCGUCACCCGCUUGUCCGUGAGAACGUUACCCUUGUCCGUCGUGACAAGGACGAGGAGAAGGUUCUUGUCUCGUACUUUGUCCCCAACGACGGUCCCGAGCUCGACGGCAUGGCCAGCGCUUCCGAGGGUGGCGGCGAUGACGAGGAGGUCGACCUCAAGCAGGAGAUGAUCCGCGGUGUUCGUCGCUACCGCCGUCUCAUUCGUGACAUUCGCGAGCACCUCAAGAAGAAGCUCCCUUCGUACGCUGUCCCUGCUGUCUACUUCCCUCUCAGCAAGCUGCCCCUCAACCCCAACGGCAAGAUUGACAAGCCCGCUCUUCCCUUCCCCGACACUGCGCUUGCUGCCGCCCCCUCGGCCAAGGCCAACGGUAACCUUACCCCCGUCCAGAAGACCAUCCACGACGUCUGGCUCCGUCUUCUCCCGUCGCCCCCUCCCUCGAUCGCCAUUGAUGAAAACUUCUUUGACCUUGGCGGUCACUCGAUCCUCGCCACGCGUCUCAUUUUCGAGAUCCGCAAGGCGUUUGUCGUCGACGCUCCUCUCGGUCUCGUGUUCGAGAAGCCCACCAUUGCCGCUCAGGCCGCCGCCAUCGAGGAGCUCACCACCGAGGGCAUGAACGCCGCUGACUCGGGUGCCGCCCCCGCCGCUCCCGAGGAGGUGCCCUACGCCGACGAUGUCGCGGCCCUCUCCGCCCAGCUCCCCAAGGUCUUUGAGCCCCUCCCGGCCGACUUUGCCUCCAAGAAGCUUACCGUCUUCCUUACCGGUGCCACUGGUUUCCUCGGCGCUUUCAUCCUCCGCGACCUCCUCCAGCGCCGCGUCGCCAAGGUCAUCUGCCUUGUUCGUGCCAAGACCACCGAGGACGGCCUCGCCCGUCUCCGUGACAGCGGUGAGGGCCGUGGCGUCUGGGACGAGGCUUGGGUCACGGAGGGCCGUGUCGAGGCUGUCGUUGGUGACCUCUCGGACGAGCACUUUGGUCUUUCGCAGGCCGAGUGGGACCGCGUCGCUGCCGAGUCGGACGCUGUGCUCCACAACGGUGCCGUUGUCCACUGGGUCUACCCUUACGCCAAGAUGCGUGCUGCCAACGUCCUGUCGACCAUGACCACGCUCGAGCUCUGUUCGACCACCAAGCCCAAGCUCUACAGCUUCAUCUCGUCGACUGCUGUCCUCGACAACGAGGGCUUUGUCCGCAAGUCGGAUGAGAUUAUUUCGGCUGGUGGCGCUGGUCUCUCCGAGGCCGACGACCUCGAGGACGCCCGUACCGGCCUCGACACUGGUUACGGCCAGUCCAAGUGGGUCGCCGAGAAGAUUAUCAUGGAGGCCUCCAAGCGCGGUCUGUCGGGUCACAUCAUCCGUCCCUCGUACAUCCUUGGUGACUCGACGACUGCCGUCACCAACACCGACGACUUUAUCUGGCGCAUGGUCAAGGGCUGUCUCCAGCUCGGUCUCAUCCCCGACAUUAACAACACCCUCAACCUGUGCCCUGUCGACCACGUUGCGCUUCUCGCCUCGCUGUCGGCCCAGAGCGUCUCUCCCGACGCCGCCUUCAAGGUCAUCCACGUCGCUGGCCACCCGCGUCUGCGCUUCAACGACCUCCUCGGUGCCCUCCUCACUUACGGCUACCCGGUCAAGCGCGUCGAGUACAUCCAAUGGCGUACCAAGCUCGAGCACCACGUCCUCGAGACCCAGGACAAUGCCCUCUUCCCCCUCCUCCACUUUGUCCUGGACGACCUCCCGACCUCGACCAAGGCCGUCGAGCUCGACGACAGCAACGCCCAGGCCCUCGCCAUCUCGGGCGGCGAGGCCCCCACCUCGGGCGUCACCGAGGACCUCAUCGGCCUGUACAUUGCCUGGCUCAUCCGCGCCGGCUUCAUGGAGGCCCCCACCACCGGCGAGGGCAAGCCCCUCCCCGUCCUCACCGGCGGCGUGUCGCGCGCCAUCGGCCGCACCACCGCUGGCCAGGCGUAA